AUGGGCGACGACAUCGAAACUGUCUUUCAAAAGGCCAUUGAUGCCGGAAAUAUCAACGGUGUUGUUAUAUGUGCCACCGAUGCCGAGUGUCGCUUCGUCUAUAACAAAGCUCUCGGAGAGCGGACCCUGUUGUCGGGAGAAAAGCGGUCCCAGCGGCUCGAUGACGUCCUAUUCCUCGCGUCGGCGACAAAACUAAUCACAACCAUUGCAGCUCUGCAAUGCGUAGAGGAUGGCUUGUUGACCCUCACUGGCGACAUCUCCUCCAUCGCUCCUGAGCUUGCCUCCAAGCAAGUGAUGACUGGAUGGUCCGCGGAUGGUGAAACUCCAUUGCUCGAGCCUGCCGCACGCCCAAUUACGCUCGAGAUGCUGCUCACGCACAGCUCCGGCCUAACCUACGACUUCAUGAACCCGCUUCUGGGACAAUGGAGCCAAAAGUUUAACCAGCCACAAGAGGGCAAAACUCGAGGAGUGGAGGAGGCAUUCAGCUACCCGCUUGGUUUCCACCCGGGUGACAGCUGGAUGUAUGGUACUGGGCUUGACUGGACUGGCAAGAUCAUAGAGAGAGUAACUGGGGGGACCCUGAGCGAGCACAUGCAAGAACGCAUCUGUGGUCCAUUGGGCAUUACCGAUGCCCAGUUCUGGCCGGUCACGCGUGAGGACCUGCGCGCACGCAUGAUUGAUCUGAAUCCAGGAGACCCUGAGGGCCUCGGCGUGGCAGUAGCCGGCAGCAACGGUGACAUGAACAAGCGCAACCGUGGAGAUUUUGGUGGGCAUGGCCUGUACAUGCCGGGCUCCGAGUACAUCAAGGUUUUGCAUUCGCUGCUGGCCAACGAUGGCAAGCUGCUUAAACCAGCCACUGUCGAUGAUAUGUUCAAACAUCAUCUCAGCGUCAACGCUACAUCAGGACACCAGGCUGCACUAUCUAGCCCUGCGGGCCCAUUCUUCCGUCUUGGAAUCGACCCCGAUGUCAAGGUGGGCCACGGCCUAGGCGGCUUGCUCACACUCCAGGAUAUUGAGAAUUGGUACGGUGAGGGUACAUUGAGUUGGGGCGGAGGCCUGACGCUCGCCUGGUUUAUUGAUCGCAAGAAUAACUUGUGUGGCAUCGGUGCUGUACAAUCUCCGCUGCCAGUGGAUCGAGAGGCGGUGACCGCACUGAAGCAGACAUUCCGCCGUGGCGUAUAUCAUAAGCGCGCUGCGUGGCAGCAGCAGCAGCAGCAGCAGCAGCAGACAUAG